AUGUUUUCUAAGUUAAAUUUCAGAAAUAAUGCGAGAUCGGUGAUUUUAUUUCUGAUUCCGAGGUAUCCAUUUGCACAGGCACUGUCACUUCUUUUGUUCAUUGCAGAGAGGGCACACAAAGACCAGAACCCUCCAUUUCCUCCUAAUGCCAUCUACACAUUUGUGUUUCUCCUGUUUGCCUGUGGAGUGGGCACAAGUGUGUCUUCCAUCAAACCGUAUUGCGCUGCCCUGGCCUCUGCUAUUUUAUUAUCAUCCGGUGGCAUUGUUUAUUUUAACCAGUCACUUGACUACAGAUACUGGGUUAAAUUCCGGAUGGUUCAUGGCUUGAUAGGUGCAGCCAGUGCACUUCUUAUGUUUUCCUUCUUCUCUUUUGACAAACCACGACCACAAAAACUCUGGAAGUUCACAGGUAUCCUCAUGGCAUUUUACAGUGCUACCCAAUGUUACAUUCUCUUGAGAAGUGCCGAGGACAAAACUGCAUUUACACAAUUUGUGCCAUACACCAACACCUCACUGUUCAUCUACAUGCUCUUGCAUGGAACUGUUGCUCUAUGCCUUUUCACAAACGUUCAUGUUUAUGACUUCCACGUGAUUUUAGGAGUUCUGGUGGCAUUUAAACUUCUUCUGGUUGACUUACAAAUCUCAUACUGGCACAAGAGAAGAGGUCUAGACUUCUGGAAUCAAAUGAGAUUGAUCAUUGAUCAUGUAACUCUUUUAUUAGGGGUGCUGUUGUAUUUAGUCAGUGUUAGAAGGCACACACCUCAACACCAGAAAAUUUAA